UGCGAGUCUUGAGACUAUUGCAGCUGUUGUCCGCUCGGAGCGCAUGGGUCGCAAAUCGUUAAAAUUGUAAACGUGUUGUAUGGUCGUAGGGAUCGUUCGCUGUAUUUCAUCUGAUCGGUUGUUACGAAGCAUUUGGACCACGAAUUAAACGACAAUGAUUGAAAUACCUUUCCUGAAGUCGCUUCCAACGCAUAUGGACUUCGAAGGCCAGAAAAGGGCCGAGAAAAUAUUUCAGACAGUCAUAGUGAUCUUCGCGGUACUUGGUCUGGCAUGGGGAUAUGCCGUACAGCAGUUUUCCUACACAGUAUUAACACUCGGAGCUGGUUUCGUCCUUUCCUGCCUGCUGACACUUCCACCGUGGCCAGUUUACCGUAGGCACCCACUUCCAUGGCAGAAGGUACGGGACGAUGUCGGCACCUCCUCAAAGGCUGGCAAGAAGAAAGCCAAGUAAUAUUCCGCACGAAAGGGUACCCUGUGCCACUUUUAUACAACUCAUUUGGGAUCAAUAAAACUAUGCUACCAUAGA